CAACGAGAGCGGACGAAGACAUCGCAAAUAUUCUGUAAACUAAUCCCAAAAGAUGUCUGACGCUGGAGAUGAAAUUCAAGUCGACGCCCCGGCUGAGGUCGAGGUCACUACCGAGGCUCCAAAGGGAAAAAUGUCCGUCGAGGACGCUCUUCAGCAAGUCCUGAAGAAUGCCCUUGUUCGUGACGGUCUCGCUCGUGGACUCCGCGAGUGCGCCAAGGCAUUGGACAAGCGCCAGGCCCACCUGUGUGUGCUUGUGGAGACCUGCUCAGAGGCUGAGUACAUCAAACUCAUCGAAGCACUCUGUGCAGAGCACAAAAUCAACCUGAUCAAGGUCGGAGACGGCAAGAUCCUGGGCACAUGGGCAGGUCUUUGCAAGAUUGACAAGGAAGGCAAUCCCCGCAAGGUCGUGGGCUGCUCUUGCGUCGUUGUUAAGGACUAUGGUGUAGAGAGCGAGGGUCUCAAUGUGCUCCUUGAAUACUUCAAGAACCGGUAGGGUGAGUACAAUUUCAACUUUCGUAUCACGAUGACAAGACAGACUCCCUCAACGGAGAAUCCGUUCGAUGAGGAAAUAGUCUAACCGGAAUCAUUAUAUCGUCUGAUCGUUAUUCGUGUGAUUGCUUGAAACCUCAUCACUGACUAACAUCCAUCUAUCCUACAGAUUAUUUCGUACCCUUGUCCAUCAUUCACGUACAUCUGCCAAUAAAUGAUCCCCUCAGUACCUCACGUGUUUGAUGACUGAUUGUUUCUUAUCGUCUAACUUCCGCCGUGGUUGGAUGUACAUAUACCGCGUGUGAUUCUUUCCCUCCGACCAGAUACCUAAGAUUUCACACAUGCAGCCGUGCUGCAUUAAUGGUUCACCCCAAGUAUAUAGUUUAAGUUUCACCCAAACAGACCUUUAAAUGUGUAUUCAACCGAACGUAAAUUGUAGUCUCCAAGAUUUGAAACUG